AUGGAAAGAUUUUUAAAUGUCAUUGAAAAAUCAUUAAUACCAUCAAUGACAAUGAAAUUCAAUAAGUUUACUAUUGUUGGUUCAUGCUUGAUUGAUAAAGGUCUACUUGUUCUUUUACAUCUUAUUUCAUUGAAUAGUUCAAUUUUAAUGUUUCUUCAAUUACAAUCACGUCCAUGGUCAUGCCAUAUACUUUAUACAUUAUCAAUACCAUCAUCAAUUCAUAAUUCAAUAAAAUUUCUUUCAAUAAAUUCAUUAUUGAGUAUAUUUAUAGAUGAAGAAAAAAAUCAAAAUGGAUUUUAUAUAAUUGAUAAUAAUAAAGAAAAUUUUCGAAGAAAUAUUGAAUUUAUUCCAUGUUCAUUAUCAACAUAUAUUUACUGUUAUUUACAUGAUAAUUAUUAUUGGUUAAUGGGUACUGAAAUUGAUUUGAAUAUGCAACGAAAAUUGAUUAAAGUCUACUAUGGUUGCUCAACUUGUUCAUCUCGUUCACUUGUUUCAUUUAAUACUAAUAAAUUUAUUCCUAUAUCUCUUGUUGAUAAUAUUCAAGACAUACAUAUUAUUAAUCAUAAAAUUCAAUUAAAAACACGUUUAAUUUUGGGUGAUCUUAUUAUAUCAAGUAAAGAUCAUCGAAUCUUUACAUGUCACAAUGGUACAAUAUGUCAAGAACUUCCAAUGAAUAACAUAAUUACUUCCAUUCUAACCUAUUAUACAAUUGAAAAUGAACAAUUACUUCUUUUUAUGAAAAAAGAUAUUCAAUCUGUUGAAAUAUUUCAAUAUGGUGAAAAUUUUCUAUUAACUCCAUACAUAAAUACAAAUGAAACAGCUAAUUAUAUUCUUAUUGAUGAUUUUAAUCAUAUAGGAUGGAAACAAAUAUUAUUUUUAAAAAAUGAUUUUAAUCUAAAUUCAUUUAUGUUAACUGAUUUUUCACAAAUACAUAUAUUUCAACAAGAAUCAAAUUAUGAAUAUAAUACUGAAGAAAAACUUUUAUCAAUUGAAAUGGAUGAUGCUGAUAUUCAAACUAGUUUUGCUCUUGCUCAAGAUAUUCUUCGAAAGAAAAUCAUUACAGAAACAAAAAGUCUUAUUCAAAAUUCGAACAUUUCAACAUCAAUUCUUCAAUUAAUUGAAACCAAUUGGUUUGUCUAUCGAACAAAUUUAUUUUUAUAUGCAACAAUUAAAAAUCCUACUAAUUUAACUUCAGUAUAUCUAUUUGGUAUUGACAAAAAUUCUAAUAAAAUAAAGCUAUUCAAUUUAAAAACUGCUUUUCAAUCAUCAUUAAACGAACAAACAAUCUUUAAUUUAAAUUCUUGUUCAUGUGGAACAUUUAUUUUAACAACAAUAAUUGAACUAGAUAAAGAUAUUGAUAUAGAACUCUAUCUAUUGAUUGAUGAUGAUAAUAAACUUUUUCAUGUUGGUUCUAUUAACAUAUUAAUUGACGAUCUUAUGAAUCCGAAUAAUGAACGAAUAUUAAAAUUGAAUGCAUUAGAAACUGAAUCAAUGAAUAGUUUAAUGUAUCGACAAGCAUUGAUUUAUUUGAAUACAUUAUUUCGUUUGGAUAUAAAUAUUCAAUCAAUUACAAAACUUCAUCUUAUUGAACAUUUUAGACAAUUAUUAUCAAAUAUUGGAUUUAAUUCCAUUAUUCAUAUACCAAAUGUUUAUAUACGUAAUAACAAAGGAAAUAUUUUUGAACAUGCACUUAUUCAUCUUGUUAAUGAAGAUGAUUUUAUUGUUGAUGACUUAAUUGUGCAUUUCUAUGCUGAGAAUUCUUCUGAAGCCAUGAUGAUUGCAAAAUAUAUUUUAUCUAAACUUGAUUUUCAAACAUUUUCAUUGGCUAAUACAAUAAAUUCAUCAUAUCAAGAACAAAAUGUUAAAAUUCUCAAUCGUAUUCAAACGGAAUUAACAUCUUAUUUAGAUAUAUUGAAACAAAUUCCAACAAUAAUGCGUAAAAUUGUUCCAACAUCAAAAUCAGAAUCAUAUCGAUUAUUAAAAUUAGAUAAUUUUCAGUCAUUUCAAAAUGAAUGUCAUCUUACGGAUCUAUUAUUAACAUCAUUAGUUAUACAUUAA